UGGAGUAUUGGCUUGAAAUGAAAAGGGGUUUUCAUUGAUUUCUCGAGAUGAAAGCAUUGAACGUGAGUCAUGUAGAUAAGGGAGCACAGGAAAAAACACAAAUUUAUAUUUCAUAUAAACGUUAAUUUACAGUACGUGCUUGCACGAUGUAAAUCGUAAUUCGGAGAUGUUACCAUGAAUUAUGUAUGCAGACGACACGAGGAAUCGUUUCUUAAACUAUUUAUUAGGUUUCCUAGUUUGUUGAAGACGAUGGAUGCUAACUAUUCAAUUAAAUUAAACAGAUGAUCAAUAUAGAUGAACUUUUAACUUGUUCUGUAACGUUUCCACAACUGCAGCUCAAAUAAACCUGCUGUGUAGAACCCUCAGCAUCUUCACGUUUUUUGGAUCGUGCUCGGUUACGUUACAAGUGCGCAUGUGUGAAAUCUAACGCCGUUUGACUGUCACUCUGUCAUUCUCAUAUGGUUCAAUAUAAUCAACUGCCAUCUACAGAACUAUCGCAAGACUUUGUCCGAUGUAUUUAAUUUUCAAUGCCAAGUCACCUCUACUCAUUAACAAUAGUCAUGGAAAGAGUAAACUUGACGUUGGAUCUACAUUCAAACUCCGGACACUGUCCAAACGUUACAGCGGGCGUUGACGGAAUUUCUGGAGUGUUCGCGGUGGCUUCUACUGUUUAUUUAGCUGUUCUCUCCAUUGGAAUCACAUUCGGAAAUGCACUUACGGUAUUUGCUCUAUGGAACAACAGUCUGAUUUAUAAGGAGACCUACUAUUCCAUCCUGUCACUGGCCGUGUCAGAUUUCCUCAUCGGCGUGGUGACAAUCCCUUCCUACAUUGCGUGGUUGUACUCCAGUCUGAUAGAUCUGGGACAUGACUUGUGUUUAGCCAUUAUUGCUAGCUCCUUAUUCCUCACAGUGGCUUCCAUGCUUAAUCUUCUGUUGGUUGGGAUAGAGCGCUUCAUUGCUGUUUGCUUUCCCUUAAUGCACUUAAAAAUUCGCGCCCGUAGAGCUCCCUUUCUGGUCUGUAUCUGCUCCGUUUGGGUGUGCAGUCUUGUUGCGACUUUACUAUCCAUGCUGGCGGCCGAUCCAGAUUUUGAAACUUGCGCAUAUUACGACAUAUUUGACGAAACAUUCCUAGUGAGUGCUAUAGCAUCUGGAGUUUUUCUUCCUCUGAUACUGUUGUUGAUGAUGUACGCUUGUAUCCACUGCAAAAUACAAUCACACUACAAGUUUGUUUCAAGGUCGUCGAAGAAAUCCCGAAGCUCAAGUAUGCAAUCCUGGGAAACUGCGCGGAUCAAAGCGUCAUUCAAAACCUCCAAGACAAUGGCCCUAGUGGUGAUAUGUUUUGCCCUUUGCUGGGGACCGCUGUUUAUCACGAUGUUGUUGAGGAGUGUCUGUCAAUGGUGCCGCCUCCCGUGGGUCGCUAAUGAGGUGAUCCUUCUCCUGGGGUUUACCAAUUCGUUCCUGAACCCCAUCAUCUACUCCCUCCGACAUAAGACGGCCAGAACCUAUGUGAACAGAAUUUUGUACACCCCCUGUCAUUUCUGAAACUCGAACACAAACAAAUCUCUCCAGUUAUGAGGAUAUUGUCUGUCAGUUCUUGUUUUCUCCCCUGAGACGGUUGUUCCUGAGGUUGUGGAUGGCAGAAACACUCAACUGUAUUGAGGUUUUUAUUUGCUUUCCUACAAGAUCAACAAUUCCUAGGAAUACUGAGAACUUUGCAAUUACAAGUCAGUUACAAUUACACUUAACUAGAUGGAGAUUUACAAAAGAAUUAUAUUCCGAUACUGUCUAGACAUGUGUUUGAAGCAUUCUCUCGACUCACUGUUACAUUUUCCCAAUUACAUGUAUGUUUAUCUGAGGCAUAUGAUUUAUUCCAUACUCGCCAAUUAUUUUGGUUAAAUCACGCUGAAAAUGGAUCUCCAAAACAAUUGGUAAAUUCUCUCAUCUACAAUAUGUAAUUAUAAAUGCUGUUUCAACUUAUUUUUUUUCAUUGUUGUACAAUUGCUGUACAUUCUUUUGAAGACAAUCUUAGUUUUUUUAGAUAAAGAAAUGAGUUUUGAAGAAUUAUGAACUAUGUAUGUUAUGAUUUAACCAGGGCAAGGGUUAAGAGCAUGUGUGGCAAAGAGUUGAUGCAUACAGAGAAUUUAUUUACCCAAUAUGGUCUGACAUACAUGUAUUUGCCGUUUAAAAACAAUUGUAUCAUGUUCUACUUUGUACGUUAACGUUAUUACCUCCUCUACUUGUAAAUUACAUUAUAGAUUUGUAUGAGUAUUAUCUCUUAGCAUGGUAAACACACCUAUCUGAAAUGAAAGUCACAAAAUACAUGUACAUGGAAUAUUUCUUCAAUGUCAUUAACUUACUGUUAUAAUUAUGGAUGAUUUAUUUUUACAGAGGAAACUAUAUUCACACUGAAUAUAUUUUAAAAAUUGAAGUUAUUUCUAUACGGCAUUGACGAAAUUGAGCGAAAUAUAGUUUUGUAGGUGAAACUAUACAAUUAUAUGUUCAUUA